UUUUGAACUAUCGCACGAAAAGAAAUAUGGAAUGCAUUCAGAAACUGGCCGCGUCUUUUCAUUUGCAUUGGUAUUACAAGAAACACGAAGCAAAGUCGCUAUCUACGUCAAAGACGCCACGAAAUCUUCGCGGGGAUGCUGGCGGGAGUCGAGAAUGAUUAGGUGAUCUUACGUCCCAUUCCAAGACGCCCAGCUAAGAUAAUUUUCCUCAAAGAGAUCAAGCAACGAUAUAUAAGAAGUCGUCGAGAUGUCUUGGAGCACCACAUCUGCCACCAACAGCACCAAGGAACAAGGUUGAGGAGACCGUUCUGUGGGUUGCUUCCAAAGAGAAUUUUUAAUUUUGAAUCGCCAUCAACUAUCAACUCCAUGUUCAUUUCCCAGAGCCUCCGCCAUCUGUCACCUUAUGCCCGACUGGUGCUCAUGUUGGGCUUGCUGCUUCUAUGUCAGGAGACGUCAGCUUCGUUCAUCCGAAUUCGUCCCAACACUUUUAAAGAAUUUCAGUCUUUGAAAUGCCAAGGGAAAUUUGACAAGGAGCAAUAUGCCGCCCUCAAUCGCCUCUGUGACGACUGUUACAAUCUGUCCCGUGGCAGCAACGACCGGACGGCUUGCAAGGCAGACUGCUUCCGCAACUCCCAGUUCCCAAAAUGCGUCAGCGCGUUACUUUUGGACCACAUGGAACCCGACCUGUUCAAGAUGAUCGACAUCGUAAGUGGGGACAGUCCUGCCAUGUAGGCUACGACACACUUGACUUCCAACCAAUGGCUGCUUCCCCCUACUCAGUGGCCAAGGUAUUAACAACGGACCUCUUCACUUCAGACAACGGGGCCGAGUCCACGACCAACCUAUCAUCCUUACAGUUUAGUUUAGUUAUUCGUUUUGGAAAUGGAGGGGCGUUGCGUUAUCUCCCGUGCUCACCUGGAGUCUUUUCUCUCCUCAUCCGAUGUGUUCUAUAACGAAACCUCUGUAAAAUGACUGAAAUUCCCCUGAUCAGAAAAAUAAUACACGCAAUACGAAAGAUUUUCACAAGUCAAUAGAAAGCACGUUAACAUUAAGAUAACUACGCAAUAUAACGACUCAUACCUAAGGAUUAAGCAGCAUCUAACUCCCGUUAUAGAUUUGAACCACACGUGUAACUAAAAUUAGCCUUAAUUUUGGAUGUCUUUUUCUUUAUAAGACAACAGUAAGGCCAAAGUCAACGCCUGUGUUAAGUUAUAGAUAAACGUGUUUAUUAUAAUAUGCUUGUUGAUCACUUUGAUUUGAUUAUAACACCAAUAAAACAGCAUAUAUAGCAUUUAA